AUGGAUCUGCAGAAUUAUUCUUCGGUGUCAGAAUUUGUAUUGCGAGGACUCUGUUCUUCACGACACCUACAAAACUUUUUCUUUGUAUUUUUCUCUAGUAUCUAUGUGGUCAUUAUGCUGGGUAACCUCCUCGUUGUCAUCACAGUAAUUUCUGCUCCCGACUUGUUUUCCUCCCCCAUGUACUUCCUGCUGGGGAACCUGUCUUUCCUGGACAUGUGGCUGGCCUCCUUCGCUACCCCCAAGAUGAUUAGGGAUUUUCUUAGUGAUCGAAAGCUCAUCUCCUUCGAAGGCUGUAUGGUCCAGAUCUUUCUCCUGCACUUUACUGGUGGGGCUGAGAUGGUGUUGCUGGUCACCAUGGCCUAUGACAGAUACGUGGCCAUAUGCAAACCCUUGCACUAUAUGUCGAUGAUGAGCCGGCAGACUUGCGUGAAGCUUGUGUUGGUCUCAUGGGUCAUUGGAUUUCUGCACUCUAUCAGUCAAGUAGCCUUUACUGUGAAUUUACCUUACUGUGGCCCCAACGAGGUGGACAGCUUCUUCUGUGACCUCCCGCUGGUGAUCAAACUUGCCUGCAUGGACACCUACGUCUUGGGUAUACUCAUGAUUUCAGACAGUGGGUUGCUUUCCACCAGCUGUUUUCUGCUCCUUGUGAUAUCCUACGCCGUUAUCCUUCGCACCGUCCAGCGGCGGUCAGCAGGAGGCGUAACCAAAGCGCUCUCCACUUGCUCUGCACACAUCAUGGUAGUCACGCUGUUCUUUGGCCCUUGCAUUUUUAUUUACGUGUGGCCUUUCAGCAGGUUCUCGGUGGACAAACUCCUGUCUGUGUUUUAUACGAUUUUUACUCCACUCUUGAACCCUCUGAUCUAUACAUUAAGAAACGAGGAGAUGCAAUCCGCUAUGAAAAAGCUGCGCGACCGACGUGUGACUUUUCUCUGA